UUAGUCGGCCCGCCGCGACCGGCGCGAACGUGUAUGAUACAAGUUAUAGGAAUUCUAGUGUGUGCGUGCGUAUACGUCUUCCUCGGCAAUCCUCGGCGAUUCCCAUUCAAAGCUUUUCGUCGUCGCCGUGGGCGACCGACGUCGACGUCCGCAACGAAUUUAUUAUCCGCUGCGGUCAGAGAGAAUACGAGAAAGAGAGAGGGAAAGGGGGAGAGAGAGGAAUGUUGUACGGAGAGAAGCCAAAAAAUUAUGAUAAUCGGACUCACGCGAUAUCAGACUAUCCGAGAAUAAUUAGAAGAUAUCAGGAAAGUUAUUUCGAAAUUACCUGGUAUUCUCGAUUGACACCUGAAAUAAUCCAAACAUAGAUACAAUUGCUCAAGAUGAUUAGAAAGUACGGGAUCUCUUCCUAUCGUGGGCGUCGUGAGGUUAUCCAACGAUAAAAGAGGCGCUCGGCUCGUCAUCAAGAGAGCACGCGCGUGUACGCAUAUACAAGUGCAUAAGUAUAUACAUAUACGGUACACGCGCAUACGUAAUCGCAAGCCCGAUCCAACUGCUUCGUAAAUGACUUAUCAGAAGGGACUUCCUCGAGAUAAACGCAGACAAAAUGGUUGUCGGAGAAGCAAGUAUACAUAAUAUAAUGGGUGGGAUGGAGAGCACGGGUGGCGUACGUCUUCAUAAUCACAAGCGGAAGCUGAAGCAAAGGUUUGACAUCAUAAAGAAAUUAGGACAGGGUACCUAUGGUAAGGUGCAAUUAGGAAUAAACAAGGAAACUGGUCAAGAAGUGGCGAUAAAGACAAUUAAAAAAUGCAAAAUAGAAACAGAGGCUGAUCUCAUCAGAAUACGAAGGGAGAUACAGAUCAUGUCGAGCGUUCAACAUCCAAAUAUUAUUCACAUUUACGAAGUCUUCGAAAACAGAGAGAAAAUGGUACUGGUGAUGGAGUAUGCAGCCGGAGGAGAAUUAUAUGAUUAUCUAAGCGAGCGCAAAGUUUUGAGCGAACACGAAGCCCGCAGAAUAUUCCGACAAAUAGCCACUGCUGUUUUCUAUUGCCAUAAACAUAAAAUCUGUCACAGAGACCUGAAGCUUGAGAACAUUUUGUUGGACCAAGUCGGAAACGCCAAGAUAGCCGACUUUGGUCUUUCGAACGUGUUCGACGAGCAGCGAUUAUUAAGCACGUUUUGUGGCAGUCCAUUAUACGCGAGUCCAGAGAUAGUGAAAGGAACUCCUUAUCAUGGACCAGAAGUGGAUUGCUGGAGUCUAGGUGUUCUACUGUAUACAUUGGUCUACGGUGCUAUGCCCUUUGAUGGGUCUAACUUCAAACGACUAGUCAAGCAGAUCUCACAAUCUGAUUAUUUUGAGCCUAAAAAACCAUCCCCCGCUUCGCCACUUAUAAAAGAGAUGCUUACGGUGUGUCCCGGUAAACGUGCUGAUAUCGAGAGAAUUUGCACCCACUGGUGGGUGAACGAAGGUUACGAACAAAAUUGUCUCGAUAUCGCAGAGGAUUUAGCGGCUCAGACUCCAGUUCGAUUGGAUCUAUUGCUCUCUCUAGUGCCACAGUCGGCCAGCGCCGAGAAAUUGCUAGUAGGGGGCGAUCAGCAAGCAGGCGGAGAUGUCGCGAAUAAUAUGUCUUCCGAUACGUUGGUGCCUACUAGAUGUCAUUCAGUCGGUAGCUUAAUGGAGCUCGAUCAGAAUAACUCCGACAGGAGGAUAAGAGAGUUGUUCGAGGAGGAGCCGAGGUCUUUUGCGGCUGGAGACGCUAAGAGAAAACUGGAAACAACACCGUCGAUGGAUGAAACGACUGCGGCGGGCGUGAAGAGGAAAGAGAGAUCUAGAAGGAAAGAAAAGUCAGACGAGAGAGAGCCUAGGAUGUACAAAUCUUCAUCUAGACACCAUUCAGCUCCAAUUCCAAAUUCUAUAUCGGAGGAGGCGAUGGAGGUGGAACCGACAGCCAUUGUAACUGUUCCUACGAGUAAGACUGCUGAUUUUGCUAAAAUAGAAGCAGCUUGUCUAGAGCUGAUUGAAGAAUCAAAGGAGAGAUCGCCAAGUAAAGAGAGAAGUAAGACUCCGUUGAUAAGCGAAUAUCAACAGUCACGCGAGCCAAUGUCUAUCGAGGGCGCUCAGAUUUGUGAGAUUAAUCAAAAGGCUAGCAAUGAGCAAGAUAAAUCGCAACAAAAGCGUACAAAGUCUCUUAAUAAGAAUUUAUACGAAGACGUGGUGGAAAAAACUGCUUCCGAAAGUAUGAAUAAGAUAGCAAAUGAAAUAGCGUUCAACAAAAAGUCAGAUAAUCUGGAAUCAAAAGUGCCAAAUAAAAGCGACACGAGUGUUACAAACGAAACGCCACAAGAUAUACAGCAAUUCGAACCAACGGAGAACGAGUUCAAAAAGUUGAAAGAAAAAGCGCUUUCUUUAGAAUUCUCCGAACUAUCGAAUGAAGUGGCAAACGCUCCACCUGUUAAACUCGUUGAGAGACGACGCUCCAAAAUAUUUGAAACGGCUGAAAAAUUCAACCAACUGUCAUCUACUGCGGAAAAUGAGAAACCUAAAAAGAUAUUUAUUCCCGGCGUUAACGUGGGAGGUGCGAAACGAGCCUUCGAAAGAAAGGCCAGUCUCUCCGCAAUCACGCCACCUCCUACAAAAGUAAACGCGUCUAAAGUUAUUAUCGAUGUGCCAACCACUAAGACAGGCGAGAAGGAUGAGCAGAAGCAGGCACUGGGGAAUCAAGAGAUCAUUGGCACCGAGGAUAAAUUGAAUACGCGAGAUGAAGCGAAAAAACGCGCUAUCGAUAUCAUUAGUGGCGCGAUCGGUAAGCCUCCAAUGCAGAAGAAGUUGAACGGCUCACCACCGAGCUCAAUAUCGCCUCAGAGUCCAAACUCCAAGAAACUCGGACUGAAGAUACAGGUUGCACCAAAUGACAUGCGAUCAGCCACAGUGUCGGUCUCCACGCCAAUUGAGACAAAAUUCGACCUUGAUGUUAAGUCAAUGGCACCAGAAGCAACUACGACUAAUACAUCUGACACAACUGGUAUCGAAAAUUCGCAAUUGGAGGAACCAAAAAUAUCUAGUAAAAUGGAAAUAACAUUAAAGAGUGCAACAUUGCCCAGACGAAAAACAAGCAAAGCUGAAAUUACAUUGUCCGGGGUCAGGCCGCCAGAAAUUGUAGCGUUCAAGUCCGAAGUAGAAGCUAAAAUUGAUGCUUUCCAGCCGCAGAAACUGCGCACCCAGAGAUCGGAGGUGGCGUUCCCGGUUGCCGCGGCGGUGCCUCAUGCAAACAGAAGUUCAAGUUUAGAACCGGAAGACAGACCUAAGGCUACACCUCCGAGAGAAAGAAUUAUACCUAUUCAGGUAGAGACAGGACAUGAACGUACGCAGCAUUCGUCCACACCACCGCCUAAACCGUCAAUAUCCCAGAGAUCAAUGUCUCAACAAUCAGAUUCUUUGUCUCGCCAAUCGACUGCCGAUUCAGACACGGACAGCGCUCUCGGUUCAACUGUGGGACCGGAACCAAUCAGAAAGAGUCCUAGAGAGUACAUAAUUCCUAUUGCGGUAGAGGGUGGCGGUUACGUUACUCCCAGAUCGGGUAGUCUGGAGCCGGAGAAUAAGACUGGUACUCCAACAAGUACGAAUCCCUCGAGAUCCCGAUUUGGUAGACCAAGAAGAAUGAGCUCUCUAUUAUCGGAUGCUAGCGAAGAUGAGUCUCCUUUCUCUCCAUUGCAUGGAGAGGAUUUGUUACAAAGACAUAUGCAUCGAUUGAGAAGUUCGCGGCCAUCUAGGCAACCUUCCGAGCACGCCGACAGCCUGUCAUCUGGCGAGGAUGACGAUGAUGACGGUUUCGAGUUAUUGACUGCCGAAAACUUAUUCUCUACGUUACUAUCUAGAGUACGAAGUCUGACGCAGCGACUCAAUGUCGAUGAUAAUCGAUCUGGCGGUUUUCCAAGUAGUAGACUGUUCGGCAGACUCGGCUCUCAAUCGUCGCAAUCGUUUUGGGGUCUUAACAAGCCAUUAUCCAGGCGGCUCUCGGAAUCGCAAUUUAAACAUUCUCUGAAUCGCGAUACGGAUAUAUUUUCAAAGAGAGACACCGCCAGUACUUCUAAUCCCGGAACUCCAAAUAGUCCAGGAUCGCACAACACAUCUUCCAGAGAAAAUGUCUUCGAAAUCGGAAACAACACUUUGCCAAGAGAUAAAGUAGAGGUACACGAAGAAGACGUUAAAGCAGAAACAGCGGCACAAAUCAGAAGGGAGACGCAAGAAUCUCUGGAGCAGAAUUUCACUCCCAGCUUAGCACGCAGAUUGAGUAGACAAUUUAUUGAACAAACCCGACAGUCUGUGCCGCGUUCACCAUCCUCCUCACGCGACGGUAAUAGAUAUUAUCAGUCGCCGACGAGGGAUUUUGCGCAGAGUCUGGUAGGCCCGAGCGAAAUCGCGAAACGAUAUUCCACGUCUACGACUUCUGAUAGGACCGAAUAUAGAGGUAGAUCGCUCGAUCGAGGUAUUAGGAGAACCAACAGCUUGCUAGAGCCGUGUAAGUAUGAUAAAUUGGAACGGCAUUCACCGCGAAGAAGCAUCAGCCUAUUCGAGGACGACGACGACGACUGCGAUGACAAGCUGUUGCCGCCUCUACCGAAACACAUAAUGACGCUGGGUCGCAAGUACAAGGAUUCAAUUAGAUCGAGUGUCAUUGGUAACGCGAGACGAGAUAGCUUUCAUGGUUACAGAACGGACAAGAUCCAGGAAGAGCCCGGCGAUGACACACACUUGUCCAUUUGCAAAGAAGAAAUUGAUAAUGUGACGGAGAACGGCUCUAUAUCGGAAGGUACAUCGAUAUCUGCGUGCAACUCGAAUACUAAUUCAGUGGAAAAUACCACUGGCGUCACUACCACCACUACUUCGAGCGUAUCAGCCAAAUCCUGCGAGAUCUCACCCACGGAAUCCUCGUCGAAUCUGGGUGAUUAUGGUAAGUCGAUUUGCAAGUCGGACAUCUCCAAGAGUUUCGAGAAUCGAUUGAUGGCGGCAGAAAAUUUAAUCAAAGAAUCAAAAUUGAAGAACUUGACGUCACAACAAUUCAAUCCGAAUCUCAGCUGCAAUUACAAAGAUAUGGACAAGUGUGACAAGGAAACUCUAAUGACCACUUCGGAUCCAUUGUCGGCAGCAAACUCCGUUACGUCCAAGAGACGCAGUUGCAUCCCAAGUCUGAGAUUACGUUCAGGUUCGUUGACCAGAGAGUCGAGCGUGAAAUCGUUCGCCGGCUCAGCUGACGUGUCGACCGGAGGCGUUAAUCAGGAAAGGUCGAUCCUAAGCAAACUUUUCAGAGGUAGUGGCAAUGGCACCGAUAAGGAGGCCGAAUCAAAGGACAACAAAAGCGAAAAAUCGAAACAACAUCGUAUCUCGCGCUUCUUGCGACCGGACUUUUUCGACACGCCACGAGAGGAGAGCCAGUACGUGAAGGAGAAAGAAGCGCAGAGGGCGGCGGAGAAUGAGCGCCGAAAAUCGCGGUUCAUGAGGCGAAAAAGCGAGAGCAAAGAUCGCAAGGAGGAUGAUUCAAGAGACGAGAAGAUCUGCAAGGAACAGAAAAACGAAAUAAACACGCUGCAGAAGGAUAAACUAGGCGGUGCCGUCGCGGUCGCUUCCUCUUCCUCGGUCUCCUUCGAGGACAAGACCAACAAGGAGGACAAAGAGAGAGUCAAAGUCGAACAAGGCCCGAAGAGCAGCUUUCUGCAUUCGCUGGAGAAAAAAUUAGAAAGGUUGCGCUCGAAUGAUGAGACGACGAGCAUGGUCGCGAAGCCGACAAUAAACGGCAGCUCGAGGAAGGAACGUGGAUUGCGCGAGUGCUCUGCACCGCCUAUCGAGUGUUCACCCGCGGACUCUGCGGGAUCGAGUUUGCUCGAGGUGAAGAAGACGCUGAGCGUGGAGAAUCUUUCGCGUCAUGAAGGAUCAAAUAAGGACGUCAAGAAUGUGCCAAGCUCGAAAGGACGCGUGACGUCAGUAUUGGGAUUAUUCAAGACGAACGGGGAUACGACGAAGCGGAACGCGAACGGUAGCAACCGGACGCAAAACGCGAUUAUGAGUAAAUUGAAAAGGAGCCCGCCCAAAUGCGUCAAAUCGGCCGAGUCGUCUUUAGAGGAAGAUGUAACCGCGACGAGCAAAAUACCGACGAAAUUCGCUAGAACCGACAAUAAACCGACGAAAAAGCUACCGGAGAACAAGAGAUCGCCGGAGAAGAUAGUGAGCGAAAUGUGUAAAAGAUCGCCGUCCAAGGAGAAAUCGAAAGAAAAGGAGUUGAUCGCUAAGGAAAGGAAACCUUUCGUGGAAAAACAAUCGAGGGAAGUUAAAAAACCCGCGCCUUCCUCGGAUUCCUCGGCGUCGUCAUCCGUGGAUAGAAUGAAGUUAGACAAAGUAGAUUCACUCAAAAAAUCGUCAGAUCAAUCAUCGGAAUUUUUGCGUAAAGUCGUGGACGAUAAGCACGUCCAUGUGGCACCCAUUAUCAAUAAUGAAGAUAAGAAACUGAUUAAAACCAAAAGAAACAUUAAUUCUCUAGUAGGCAAAAAUGAGUCGGUCACGAAGGUCGACAAAGGCGAGGACGUUGAUAAGAAUAAGAUUAAGAAACUGGUCAAGUCGAAAGAAAAUGCGAGUAAAGAAGAGACCAACGAUUCCAGGAAGAAGAAAAUAGUGCGUGUCGUAAAGAAAGUUGUCAAAAAAUCCGACAGUUCCGAAAGCAAGUCCGAAGAGAAGGGAAAGUCAUCGAAGCUACUUACGAAGAAGAAAACUGUGACGACGAAGAAAGAGAAGAGUCCUGAAGGUCCGAGUAUCAUGGCGGAAGGUUCAAUCGAAGGAAAUUAUCAAACUGAUGAUCAGAUUACCGCGAAAUCAUCCUGCAUGCCUGUGAAACAGGCGGAGUCGGAUCUGCCAGCGAAGUCUAGGGAUGCUACGAAAAAUUUAAAUACAAAUCAGAUAAAAGCUGAUAUUAAAGGAACAGAUAAAUUCGAUGUAAACUUAUCAUCUACCGAUGUCUCGCAAGCGAAUUCCACGCUUGGGAACGCAUCGAAUUCUCAAAUCGUUUUGAGCUCUUUGCCUCCUAUAGGCUCCUCGAGUUCUACGACUCGAGUCGAUUCGAAUUUUAAUAUCUGUCAGUCGAAGCAACAAUCAUUGGAGCAAUAUCGGCCGAAUAGAGCGAAUUUGAAACUCGAUUUAUCUAAGAUACCGCAACACACGUUUAGACACACGACUCCCAAGAGAGAUUCACCUGAAGGUUCACCGAAAACAAAACCUGCCGCGUCUAUCGGAUCACCUAAAAUAGACGAUCCUGCGGCGGAGAGUGGUUCCGACAAAUUGAUGGAGUGUCUAUCCAAGAUGACGCACCACGCCAACAUUACCGGAAACAAGAUAAUCAUCGAUAAGCCGUUACGAGCGAAAGAUGUCGCCGAGCUGAAGCGAGAGGUCACCGAAUGUGCCAGGAUCAUAGAGAAUCACGUGGAGUCGCGAGAUGAUCAUUCCAAUGAGCGAAUCGUCGAUCAUACAUUCGCCUCGAACGAACCGAAAGAGAUCAAGCCGAAUCCUUCUGAAGGGAACAAUGAUGUAACUAAAGAGGUGACUAAAGAGCCACCGGAUGACUGCACCAGCGAGAUGUUUUCGCCCGAAGAACCCGAGAGUUUCGAUUCCUGGUCGAUCUGUUCGGCCGAUCUAAAUCACAAUCGCAGCGAUUUGCAUUCGCCCACAUCACCGUCGUACGCUCUCUUUAUGCGCGGCUCCGACAGCUCGGAAUCGGUGAUAGAUCGAAUACGAAGACGCAGCUUUUACUCGAGAUUCAACGAUCGUAAGAGGCCAUCCUUGACGGCGCCGCCACCGGGAGUGAACAGCGUCAGUCUGCCUAGAAGGUUCAGCUUCAACAGUUCUAGAGAAAGGGAGCGCGACAGAUUGUACAAUUAUGGAGUUACUAGGACGAGGGAGAAGGACAAAAGUUAUAUUUUGUACGGCGACGACGAGGUGUCCUCGAGGAAAUCACCGGUCGAUCGAGAGAGGUAUAGCGACGCAUCGAAUGUAUCAUCAUACGGUCAUCAGACGGAUGCGAGAAUCUUCUUCGAUCAUUACGGUAGUGGCUUACCGUCUUCCUCGCAUGAUUCUUUGAGGAGAUAUGUGAGGUCCCCGACGCUGGAUCUUGUCGCCUCUCGCGCCAAGUAUCAUAGCACGGACGUCAUCGCGGACAACGAUCUUGGCGGAGUCUCGUGCAAGAGUUCUCUAUCGAGAUCGUUUCUGAGUGACGGCAUGGCGGAUUCUUCUUACUAUGGUAGGAGCACAUCGACCACUUUGCCGAAGAAAUACGGCUCCACCGUUGGUGGUCUAGAACCGAAGAGCGUAGAAUAUUACGAGGAGAUUUUGUCACCGAGCAAUCCUGACUAUCUAUCUCCACGUGACACCUGCCGAUCACCGUUGCUGGAUAUCUAUUUGAACAGAUGUGAAAACGGAUGCAAUCACAAUGGCAAUUUGGAAUUACAACAGUUUAGCACCGAUAAACCAAGAACCUACACGGAUGCGGAGAUCGUUCAAGGGAACAGUAAGUCGCUUGAAACAUAGUGCAACGCUUCAGCGAAAAGAGGGAUGCGUCCUCGACAGCUGUGGAUAGCCUAUCGAAUAUAUUUGUUACCGAACGGAAUUUAUUUAAUUCAAACAGAAUGUAAUUUUGCAAAAUGAUGAUAUACCGUAUACAUUUAACUACAACGAUUUUAUAAUACAGAUUCGCGUCAAAAUGUCUCACGCUUCUUCGUCAUAGCGAUGAAAUAGUCGCGAGGGCAAUGAAAAUGAAACGAUAUUAACCCAGAUAACAUUUAUGUUGCAUAAGAUGUCUAAGAGACAUCUUUUAGAUAUUUCAUGCAACAUGCAUGUUAUCUGACAAAUGAUUGAAUAUACAUAGUUAUAUUAAAAU